GCCUUCUACCAUCACCUCUUAUUGCUGUAUACCCUCGUAGACAGGCAGUACAACAUCAAGCUAUUGCCGCUUGCUUCUUGGAUGACAAUACCUCGCUGCAACUUCUGCAGGUGAGUUGUGUGCGGAUUACUGAGCGUGUGUAUCAUGCAGGCCAGUCAAGAUUUCGAGAGACAGCAAUAUGAGGCACUUGUGAACGCACAUGGCGCGGGAUCGCUGAAUGCAGGUCCCGGUGGCGCGCCCAUGGGCAGUACGCACUUCUCUGGCCUACACCCAUUCGCACCUCAAUCGCCAUUCUCUCCGACCGGUCCAUCACCUUUCGACCAAGCUCAGCAAGCUCAAUACCCCUUCUCUCAACCACAUUCCCCUUCUCCACAUCCCUUCCUAUCCCAACAGCAAUCCCUCCCAUUGAAUUAUCCAUUACCUUUCCCGCAACAAUACCCUUCGACGCCGUUUGGUCAAUCGCCACAAAACAGCGGGUUCGCAUCGUCCUUCAACGGCUUCAACAACUCUGGCAGCGGAUUUAGCCAGCCCGGCAACGGCUUUAGCCCGACAGAGCAGUACCUUCCGCCCGACGGCUUCGCGCAGAAGGCCUUUGCCACCCCUUCGCCUCUACCACCAUUUGCACCGACGCCUAAUGCGUUCGCUGCGCCGUCUAAUGCUUUCCAUUCAACUUCGCCUAGUACAAAUGCUUUUGGUUCGUCGCCUGGCACCUUUGGCUCUUCUUCCAACAGCUUCGCCUCGCCAGCCCAUGUACCCGCUCGAGAGCCAUCCCCCGAGCCAGAGCCAGAGGCCCCUGCGCUGCCCGACAAGGCAUUCAAGCACCAUCGGCAGACACUCACGCAGAUCGAGAAUGAUGUGGAGAUGCAGCCUCCCGUCUCCGAACAAGACGACCUAUACCUUAUCCUCGAUACCAACAUCCUCCUGCACUUCUUCGACGUGCUCGUCCGAUUCGUGGAAGACGUGGAGAAGCACGGCGUGCCCCUCGUUGUUGUCGUGCCAGGGAUCGUAGUGAGGGAGCUAGAUAGCCAGAAGAACCGUCGAGACCUGUCAUGGGGCUCCCGUCGCGCGUCGACGUGGCUGCUCAAGAAGAUUCACGACCAGAAGUCGGCCGUGCGUGGCCAAGCGCUGGGCGAUACGAUGCGCUCAUCGAAGAAUUGGACGGUUCGGGAAGAUAAUGAACGUGACAAUAACAACGACUACGAUAUCCUCGAUUGCUGGAGGUACUUUGCCAGCACAGGAAAGCGCAGCGUCCUCCUUUCGAAUGACAACAACCUGCGGUUGGCUGUAUCUGUUGAGUGUCAGAACGGCAAUGUGCGAGGCGAGGCGAUGCAGCCCAAGGCGCACGGAUGGAGCAGUCGUGAGAUGGCCGAGAUGCUCUAUGGCAAGGAAUACAAAUACAUGUUCAAGGACUUUGGCGACGACUCGAAGCGGUACACGAAGAAGAAGAAUGUCAAGGUGCAGCUCGCGCAGCCUGACGAGGACGCGAUGGACAUGGACGAGCCGAUGAAGGAGCCCGACGACUGGAUCCUGCCGAAACAUGCGCUCGAUAUCCUGCACCUGAACGUGGUCAACCACUUUGAGUACCUCCUGCAGAUGCUCGUGCAGCGAGCGGCCGGACCCAACCACAGCAUCGGGAAGGACACAGGCUCGAGGUACCAGCCCGAGUGGGAGAAGAAGCCGAUAUCGCAGUGGGUCGCGGCGGACUGCAUCGAGUUCCUGCAGAAACAGAGGCGCACGGAGUUUCCCAGCGGCAGCACGGACGAGCGGAGGUUGUGCCGGUUUCUGAGUCGGGAGCACACGCGGGGCGCGGGCGGUCGCCGAGGGGCGAUGUGGUCGCGCGCGGACUGGGACCAGAACCUGGCGCUGCUGGAGAGGCUGGCGCAGACGUGGGAGGACGAGGCGAUCCAGGAGAGCCUAGUGAUCCUGUAUCCGGAGUGGGUGUACAUCUUUUCGCUGCGGAUGACGCCGACGGGGUCGUAGGCGAGGUGGCGGGUGUCUGUUGUACUUAGAUCUCGGAGAAUCGAUGCAUGUUGAUGUUUCGGUGAUGUCCCAGUUGGGCUUUGGCGGCUGGGGGCUGUCCCUGGUGGCGCGUCGAGUGCAUCCGCAACACCCAGACCUCGCGUAGUGAUCAAGGAACGCGUAAGCGGAAGGGGCAAAUGGAGGGGAGGUCCGAG